AUGUCCAACAUCAUUAGUUGCUCAAAAGUUAUUGUCCACAGACAAUCAUCAAAAGCAUAUCGAAUUCAAGGAGGUACAGGUGGAAAAGCAUAUAUAAGCAUUAUGUUUUGCGCUUCUGCUACUGGUGUUCUUCUUCCACCUUUUGUUAUUAAUAAGUCAAAACGGUUAUUUCAAGAAUGGUGUGUUGGAGGACCACAAAGCACCGGUUUUGAAAAUUCUGAUAAUGGAUGGAUGAAUCAAAGAUUAUUUUGUCGUUGGUUUGAACAAAUCUUUUUAGAACAUACAAAGAAUAUGUCAAGACCAUUAUUAUUGAUCUUGGAUGGUCAUGAUUGUCACUUCGAUGUUGAAACACUCAUGUUAGCGAUAAAAAAUGAUGUUCAUGUUAGUAACAAUCAUCCAUCAAUAAUUAAUACUGUAUCCUCUCCUCAACCUAUUGCUUCUUCAUUUACGUCCUCUUCUGAAGCAAUUGCUGCUCUUGAUCAAAUUUUACAAGAAACAAUAUCGAUAAAUAGUAGUGAAAGUGAUGAUGAUGAUGUUGAGGAUGAUGAGGAAUAUUUUCCAUUCAAAUCUACUACUACUUCGUCAAUAGCUACAUCAUCAACAAAACAAAAAAAAUCUCAACAAAAUAAAUCAUCAGCAAUCAAACAUCAUCAAUCAAUUUCAUCAAAACAGAAUAAAAAAAAAAAAAAUAAGUCCAAAUAUCAUGAUACAAUAAUAAAUUCAUCACCUUUAGAUUCACAAGAAUCACUUAAAGCAAUCACAAAUGCAUUACAAGCAGUGUUUCCUACACCAUCAAAAGAAACAUCAAAUAAACCUGCAAAACCAACGGUACUCGAUCGAAACUAUGGUCACAUAAUAACCGAAAAACAUGUUAUUGAACAACUUGAAGAACGAAAAAACAAACAAAAUUCCAAACGGUCACGUUCUACUAGUCAAAAGUUGAAUGGAACAAAACGACGUAAAAAAUGA